AUGUACAAAAAGCAGAUGGAGAACCGGCUGCGCCAAUGGACCAGCAGAUUUGCCGCUUCCAGCGUUAUGGGAUGCCUCGUUCUCUGGGGCAUGCGACGCCUUCUGCGCCGAGAGUGGUUGAGAGCUGUGAGUUGUCAAAAUGUCACAGAAGGGAUUGGCUCCAGUGUUCGAUCCGUGCUCGCAAACACCUUCACCUCCUUCGGCGCUGCUGCUGCAAGCAAUGAACGAGCAUCGCGCUCGGCCUUGGUGGACGAGUCCAUGGAGCCUCGUGCAGAGGAGCUCGAGCUUCCGCUGCCGCUUCAGAGCAAAGUCUUGAGGCACAUCUCCUUUUACGAUGUUUAUGAUGUCGGCGACGAGGAGGUGUUGGGCACCGGAAUGCAUGGCGCCGUUUUGGUGGCCAAGCAUCGCAAGAGUGGUCGCAGGGUGGCCGCAAAGUGUCUGGAGGGUGCAGAUGGGCCGUUGCCAGACGAGGUCAGCUUGUAUCUCCGCCUCUCGCAUCCCAACAUCUGCCGACUGCUGCAGGCUUUCAUAGAAAAGAACGGCGACAUCUGGCUCUGCAUGGAGCUCUGUGCAGGAGGUGAGCUGUUCGAGCUGGCGGCCGGAACUUCAUCCGUUGUGCGGCAAGGACUUGCCAUGCUGGACACAGAGGCCAGAAUAGCAGUGCUGGUGAAGCAAAUGGCUGCUGCCAUACGCUACAUCCAUAGCAUGGGCAUGGUGCACCGCGACAUCAAGUUGGAAAACUGGGUCUUCGCAUCGCCGGCGCAGGAAAGGCUUAAACUAAUCGACUUCGGCUUGGCCACAGCGUACAUUGCCGGAAAGGAUGACAAAGGGCGCACCCAGAAGCUGAACCAGAUGUGCGGAACUUGCUACUACGUCGCACCUGAAGUGAUUGGAUUGAAGGACGGCGCAAUUUGCAAGGGCGAUGGGUACGGACAAGAGGUAGACAUUUGGGCGCUCGGGGUGCUCGUGUACAUGCUCGUCAGCGGAAUGCCUCCAUUCAACGGCAAGUCGCACGCCGAUGUGAUCUGGAAUAUUGCGAACUUUAAGUUCUGCGAUGACCCGCUGGCAGACGCUUUUGUGGGCCCGCGAUGGGAAAACGUCUCGCCGCAGUGCAAGGACUUGAUUCGACGGUGUAUGGAGCGGGACCCUCAGAAGAGGCUGACGGCUGCUGGUGUCCAGGUGCAUCCUUGGCUCUGCCAAGUCGGGUCGAAGGGGCCCGUGGCGCCGGUGACCCUGGCGCCAAUCCUCAAGGAUCUUUGCUUCGCUGGAAAUCGCAUGGCUACUUGUGGAGUGCUAGCGCAAAUCUGCUGUAGCCUUGCAUCGACCAUUUACUUGUCUCCGGAGACAUGGACAGCUUACAAGGACCACUUCGCAAAGCUCGAAUGCCUGGAAACCCUGGCGCCCAAGGGUUCGCUCUCAGUUAGCAAGCUGGUGUCUGCCUUCGAGGAGGCAAUGGCCAACAAGACUGGACUUGAUCAAAAGCCUGCCGAGCUGAAGGAAGUGGACUCCUUUCGAGCCAUAUCUUCUUUGGAUAUCACGGGUGAUGGGCGGCUGCACUUCUUCGAGUUCUUGGGCGCCAUGAUCGCUGCGGGUCGGAUUCAGAUUCAUGAGCACGAUAUCGCUGAUGUGUUUGCGGCGUUCGAUGUGGAUCGUGACGAUGUGAUCUCUGAGCAAGACAUGGCCAGUUUCAUCCACAAUGACAGCCGGGUUCUGUCCAACGCUGUUCAAAGUGCCGAAAAGCUCCAGCUUCCAAUCAAAGAUCAUGACCUGCUCCUCGAGGCUCUCAACAGGAAGCCUACGUGGGGCGAAUCCGAGAAGCCUCCAGCUGUUGAGCGAGUGGCGAACUCGGCAAGCCCAUCACCCCAGGCCGCCCCUAGCGGUGCCGGCAUGCAGCGUCUCCUGAGCAAGGCCAAGCUACAAAUGGAGUGGAAGGUGCAGCGUCAGGUCGCUUUUGCAGAUGUUCGUUCUGCAGUCAAGUUGAAAAGCCUGAACCGUGGCUGGCGCACGCCCGACCCAUCUCCGACGCGAAUUGAAAAGGAAAGCUCGCCUGAGAACGGGGUCGGCUUAGUUGGCCGGAACCGUGGGAAGAUGGCCCAAAGUAUGUUGACCUUGACGGACCUUGACAAGAAAUGA